AGAGGAGGCACCGCCCUUAGGGGCGGCACUUCCUGGGUCAGCGGCGGCGGCUCCAUCCGCUCGGAGCGGCCCCGGGCCCCCGGAGCAUCGCCCGGCCGGGGGUCCCGGCGGGUCCCGGGGGGUCCCUCCGGGGGUCCCGAGCCCCCCGUGCCCGGCUCGGGAGGAGCGGAGGCGGCGGCACCAUGCAGGAGAGCUACGAGUCGCUGAUCCUGCUGGAUUUCCCCAUCCCCAAGCCCAACAUCGUGUCCCGGCUGGAGCCCGAGGAGGAGCUGGGGGUGCCCGACCCCAACGACUCCAAGGAGUGGCAGAUCCUCCGGGUGGCGCCCACAGACUCCGCCCCCACGAGCGACGACGACUCCGCCCCCGCCGCCGACUCCGCCCCCGAGGCCGAAGUCUCCGCCCCUCCCCCCGCGCCCGACUCCCUCCUCCUCCUCCUCCUCCCCUCCCCCUCCCCCUCCCCGCCCCCUCCCCUCGCCCCGCCCCUCCCCCCUCCCGCGGGGCGUGGCUCCCGCCGGGGGCGUGGCCGGCGCCCGCACACCUGCGGCCAGUGCGGGCGGGGCUUCGGCCACGCCCCCCAGCUGGCCAGGCACCUGCGGCUGCACCAGGUGGGCCAGCGGCGCUUCGGGUGUGGCCAGUGCGGGCGGAGCUUCGGGCGCGGCGCCCACCUGAGCGCGCACCUGCGGGCGCACCUGGGCGAGCGGCCCUACACCUGCGGGGAGUGUGGGCGGGGCUUCAGCUACAGCUCCGCCUUCCUCAAGCACCGCCGCGCCCACGGGCAGGCGGAGCAGGAGGAGGAGGGGAGGAGGAGGAGGAGGAGGAGGAGGAAGGCGGGGCCGGGGCUCACCUGCGCGCCCGGCCACGCCUGCGCGCGCUGCGGGGCGGGGUUCGCCGAGGGACACGCCCUCCCGGCGCACCUGCGCGGCCACGCGGCGGCCACGCCCCUCGCCUGCGACACGCCCGACGUCUGCGCCACGCCCCUCGCCUGUGACACGCCCCUCGCCUGCGACACGCCCCUCGCCUGCGACACGCCCCUCGCCUGUGACACGCCCCUCGCCUGUGACAUGCCCCACACCUGUGCCACGCCCUACACCUGCGGGGAUUGUGGGAAGGGCUUCGGGGGAAGCUCCGCCCUCAUCCGGCACCAGCGGCUGCACCUGGGCUAGGAGGGACCGGAACCGGAACCGGAACCGGGACCAGGGAAA